UACAUCAAUUGAUCGUAAUUGAAUCAAGCCGCCGUCGCUACUUCGCUGUCUUGGGGAUCAAUCCUGCCACACUAGUCUUCCCUGUCUUCCACACACACGCCAAUCCAUUCCUGCCACUGACCUGUGUGUUCUCAGACAAUCGUGAUCCGCUAGUGAUUUGUACCUGUCAGACAGAAUCACACCAGUAUUCCAUCAAUCUCACGGCCACCAGCUAUAGAAUUGGUCGAUCUAACAUUCGGAGUGAAUAUUACGCUUUCUCGUUCAUUAAAGGUCUUAUCCUGUGACUUUAUAGAUUCUGUUCACCCAUAGUUGACAGCUAAACCAAGCGUUGUUGACGUAUUCUGAGAUCCUCCACUGGUACCAUUGAAUCAUGACUACUUACGAAAAAAUUGUCAAGGGUGCCACCAAGGUCAAGGUGGCUGCCCCAAAGCCCAAAUACAUCGAGCCGAUUCUUAUGGCUACCUCCAUCGACCAUACGGUGGCUGCUGAAAACUUCGGCACCAUCAUGAGAACCUUGAAACAAAGACUUCAGGACAGCUCCUGGUCUGUCGUCUACAAGUCGUUGAUCGUGCUUCACGUCAUGAUAAGAGAGGGAGAUAGAGAUGUUGCAUUAGAUUACUUGGCCAAAGAAGGCCAUGGAAUGCUCAAUCUUUCCACUCUGAACAUCUCCAAAGCCCACAACUUCAAUGCCGAUGUGCGGUUCAUCCUCAAAUACUCGAAGUAUUUACAUACCAGAGUGAAACAAUUCGAAUACACCGGAAUCGACUACGUACGAGAUGAGCGGUCCAACAACAGUACCACUCAGUCUGGUGGAAGAUUACGAGAAUUGUCGAUAGAUAAAGGCUUGCUCAGGGAGUCGGAAAGUGUUCAGAAACAAAUUGAUGCAUUACUCAAAAAUAACUUCAUGGAAAACGAAAUUAGCAAUGAUAUUAUCUUAACUGCUUUUAGAUUGUUGGUCAACGAUUUAUUGGCUUUGUUCCAAGAAUUGAAUGAGGGUGUCAUCAACCUCUUGGAGCAUUAUUUCGAAAUGUCAAGAGUUGAUGCAGAAAGAGCAUUGAAGAUCUACAAGAAAUUCGUGGAUCAAACAAAAUAUGUUAUUGACUACUUGAGAGUCGCCAAGCAUCUUGAGUAUGCUACCAAAUUGCAUGUUCCUACAAUUAAGCAUGCGCCAACGGCGUUAACAUCCUCAUUGGAAGAAUACUUGGAUGAUCCCAAUUUCGAAGCUAACAGAUCCCAAUACUUGACUGAAAAGCAUGCAAAGAAUUCAAACGGAAAAAUUCCUGAAAUCAGAGAAUCAAAUGCAAUUCCAGCACAGAAUCUCCAAGCUCAACAACAAGCCCAACAACAGCAAGCUCAACAACAGCAAGCCCAAAAUGCGGCAUCUGAAUUGCAAAGAAACGGCACUUUAUUGGUUCAGCAGUCUACUUUUAAUCCGUGGGGUGCCACUUUAGGUCAGUCACAGCCAAUCCAAGCUUAUCAACCUGUAAAUGUGCAAGCUCCGGUGAAUGACCCAGCAGCCCUUCAGCAACAACAACAACAGCAGCAGCAGCAGCAGCUAUUGCAUCAACAGCAACAGCAGAUACAACAACAGCAGCUUCAACAACAACAGCAGCAGCAGCUUCAACAACAACAGCAACAACAACAGCAGCAACAACAACAAAAGCAACAGUUCCAAAAUGCAACCUUUACUAGCCAAAACCAAUUUCAAUCACCUCAAUCUACUCCUCUUCAAAGCGCUUUCACUGGCGCUGGUUUUGGCGGGUAUGGCCCACAAUCGCAGCAGCAGGCUCCAUUACAGGCUCAGGUAACAAAUUCAAAUCCAUUCUUCCAACAGAAUUUCACAGGGAGCCAGCAACAAUCAAUGUCACAGCAACCAACAACCCAACCUAUACUUCAUCAGCAAACUCAAUUACAACAACCUAAUAUUACUAGGUCCGAUACUAAUCCAUUUUCAAAGUUAACGUCAACUUUGACGGGACAACCUAUCGAUCAGAAUGCUACCAGCUCCAAUCCUUUCGCGAAUACCAGAUUUUCAAGCAAUAGCACUACUACAGCAUUGAGUUUCAACAACGGCGAGAGUGCUACCCCAUUAAAGGCAUCUGCAACUGGAAGUAACCCAUUCAAACUUUCGCAAACCACAACCAACCUUUUCAAUAACGUGGCUAGUCAACAAGCACAACUGCAGCAAUUGAAACCCCAACCAACCGCAGGAGGUUUGGAGCAUGUUCAAACCAUCCCCGUCUUUCCAGAAACCCAGAAUGAGGCCCAGAAACAGUUAUACUUGAACAAUGCCAGUACAGGGCUCCAGCAAGCAAUUAACCAAAAUGGGCACCAAAAUGGACACUUCCUUCAAGGACAACAGACUGGUCAGUACUUACAGGGUCAACAAACGGGGCAGUUCCCGCAAGUUCAACCAGCCGGUCAGUUCCAUCAGGCCCAGCAAACCGGUCAAUUUCCUCAAGUCCAACAAACUGGUCAAUUUACUCAGCCCCAACCAGCUGGUCAAUUUACUCAGCAAGGCUUCCAACCUCAAUUCACCCAGCAAUUUUCUCAGCAGCCUCAGCAACAGACUUUUGCGCAUGCCACAUACGAUGGCCCAAGUCUUAUUUGAUCCCUUUAUUUUCAUUUCCUAGCCUAUGUCGUUUCCCUCUGUUAUUAGCAUCAAAUACACUUCAAUAUAACCCAACUAUGAGAUGGCUCGUCCGUAUCAAGCCGAAGUGUUCUAUCAAGAUUGUAGCAUGGAUUUCGGAUAAUU